UUCCCUGUCUGACCACAUUCACCGACUGGCUUCAGCAGCCCAGACGUAUAUCCUGUAGAGCUACCUUAUACCCUAGGCCUGGCAUUUCCCCAUUCGUUCUGGUCCGUACUUGCCCGGCCAAGCUUCUCAGAAGGCUCCUCAUGCCUCCACCUUUCUCCCUCUCCAUUGAACGUUUUGAUCUUCUUUCACCCUCAAUUCCACACAACGUUCACUUCUCUGGCUUGCGGCUCAAGUUGCCUCGAGCGCUCCUUUCUUCUUCCUUUCCUCCUUCUCCUCUGUCACCCCAUUCACUGACACGGCCAACACAACUAAGGUAGAGAUUGGCAAUCCAUUCCUUUCAUCAUAGCACCGCCGUUAUACAGUACCGAGAACCUCACGAACCCUGGCAACGCAACCAACUCUUGAACAAAACCGAAUUAAGGCAGCAUAUCGCUCACGCAGUAUCCAUCGUCCACCUUCUAUCCUUCACACACCUCUGUUCGCUGUCGAGCCUUUUUGAAGCUUGACCCCGGAACCACUGAUCUCAAUCUCAAGGCCAAUUCUCAUUUGGAUUCCACCAACCGACGGAGCGACCUUUUCAUCAACAAUAGCCCCUCUUGGCUCCGCUGUCACCAUCGAUCACAGCUCAACAAAUACAGCUACUUUGUCUCUCCAAUUGCAGGCACCGGAGUAUCCUGUUUACAGGACUAAAAGUCAACGACACUGCUCGAAAAUCCAUCCUUUCUGGACCCUGAUUUUAUCUUCUGCUUGUUGCCCUCCACCCCUGUCUGGCAACAUCGUGUAUGACCCAGUGGUCAACCCCUGCCAGUCCCGCCUUUGAAUAGGCCCCUGCCCAAGUUCGACAGCCGUGAGCAUUGACCUGCCCCGCUAACAGGCCUAUCGACGAGUCACCAAACUCGACCCCGAGUGGUUCAGCCAAGCACCUGCAAAUUGAACAUCCUUCAUCAGCAUUUUGUUGAUUUCAGGCACUUGGCUUUGCAAAAUACGUUCAGCAAGGACCCAUUCCAUCUUUUGCAUUGGGGACUACCAUAUCAAUUAGUCUCCCCGCCUCAGACAAUCGAUCCCUCUUGAACCUACCAAUUCACCAAGAGCUUCAACCCAGGGGCAUCUGCCGCUAAGACGAUCGCACUACUUUCUCAGGCCAACCAGCCCCUUUCCGAGCCCUUGGCCCUUGGGCACCACGAAGGCCACUUCACCCCAGAGCUAUUGACCCACCAGGUGCCUGAACAAAGUUGAAAGUUGAACGGCAGAACGGGGAUUCGAAUCGCGUUUGAGUGGCGUACCGUACUCUUAUUGACUUGGUAUGACGCUGGGUCUGAGCUUCCAGGACAGAGGAAUUUAAUCCAUCCCGACCUACGUAUUUUACCACGACCAGCUCUUUGACUUUCAACUCUUGGCGAAGUUGCUUUCGUCCUUGUUUGCGCAAGCCCAGGCUUUAUUCCUAUCUUUUAUACGACACACGUAACGCAUUGUUUUACCUGGCGUUGCAACGGCUGCCGUUUCCUCUGUUACUCUACAUCGAUUGGCUCCGCAUUCUCUCCUGGAUCUUCAAAUCAGAAACACAAGCCCAAGCUUGACCCCUUUGCAAUCAUGUCUACUGCUCAGUCUUUUCAGUCCGGUAAGCGCCCGCCCCUUGAUUUCGCUUUGAUGUGAUCUGCGACAACCACCCCAUUCCCAAAGUUUCCCCUUCUGUUUUCACCGGGAUUCGCGUCCGAUAGCUGCCAAAGCUCGGCGCUUGGAAUCUUGUAAACAAAGGAGACUGGAUCAACGGUAAUGUUGAAUGGAUCGCAAGUCAACUUGGCGGAACAAUUCAUCAGAAGCUAGCUGGUCGGUCCACUUGGCUGGCAUCCAUCUUGUGUCAUGCUGAGGAGAUUGUCUGUUUCAUCUUGGCCCAUCUGUCGUCGUCAUUGCAUGCAUGCGCCCGUUUAUCUGGCACCCAGCUGAUAGGUUUUCUUGGAAACAGGCCACACCAGUUCUGGUCAAUCUCCUGGCCUCACACUCAACUUAUCUUCUAAUAACCCCUUCCGCAACCGCGCACCAUCUCCAGCCAGUGCCGACCUUCUUUUCCCCAGCAAACCCGCCUCUCCCUUUGAUGACCCCCCAGCACGACCUUUAUCGCGAAAUCCAUUUCUCGAUCAGCCACCGGUUGAUUUAUUGUCACAGCCUCUUAGGUCACCUGGAGCGAUGUCAUCUCACUCAGACUCUAAGUCUCUUUCAGCCGAGGAAAUUUUUGUAUGUACUUAAGUCAAUAUCUUUCUCCCACUGCCUCUCAAACAUGCAGGGAAUGGUUUAUUCUCGAUGGCGUCGCCGACGAUUUUUUGCACUGAUAUUAACUUGCCAUUAAACAGAACUCCAUGACUCUCGAUGAUGCUUCCAACGACCGAGCAAGACAGCAGGCCACUCGCCGACCGAUGAACGGACCGCCUCCAAGACGCGGCGGCGAAAACCCGCCGCCUGAGAAUGGCAGCCACCGCCCUUCGCGUUCCCAGGAAGAAGCUCUUCGUGCUCGAAGGAUGCAAGGUUCUGGACCCCGACCGCAACAGAGCUCACCGCAACGACGUGCCCCACCACGACGUCCUCGACGGAAUUCUGAGUCCUCUUUGGUCGAUUUUGAUGCGCGUCCAAUCACAGAGGAGGAGAAAAGAAUGAUCGAGGCGGCCCGACGACGUGAAUACGAACGACAGCGUCGCGGAGAGGGCAAGGAGCGCGGUGAUAGAAGCGACCGUGACCGUGACCGCGAUCGUCGGGAGCGGGGAGAUAGGGAGAAGACUAGUCGCCCCAGCAGAAAGAUGGACAUUAUUGAUCAACUUGAUGCCACAAGCAUUUACGGGACUGGACUGUUCCAUCAUGAUGGACCCUUUGACGCCCUGAACCCCCACCGAAAUCGCCAAAACGCGAGACGUGCGCCAAUGCAAGCCUUCCCCAAAGAUUCACUAAACAAUUCUCUUGGAGGCGCUGGACCGCUUAAUGCUCGAGCUGACCAUUCAGUUCUCAUGGGAAAUGCCACGGAUGAGGCUUUCAGAGAUUUUUCUGCACCUUCAAAAGCCCGUAGCAAGGAGCCUGCCAUUUUUGAUGCCUCGGGCCGAGACCAGAUUGUUCAUGGAGAUGAGUCUGUUGGCCUAGGCACCUCAACUUUCUUGGAAGGGACCCCCGCUGCGCGAAGUGCCAUUCAGCGCCACCAGGCUGAACAGGCUCAGGAAAACAUGGAGAGUGGUCUACAGCGCAAGAAGUCGCUUGCACAGCGCAUUCGCCACAUUAAUAAGGGUCCUCGCGAUUAUAGUCAGUCAGGGCGCGCCAAUGGCGAAUAUUCCAGAAUCACCCCAGAUGCCUAUCCGACAGCAGCCAGCACCAGUUCAGACAACAAUCCCUUCUUUGCCGAAUUCGGUAAGGGCGAGGAGGGUUUCAGUGUAAGGCCACGAGAUGGCUCAAUGACAUCCAACAGCCCUCCUGGAGCGAGACGCCCUUCUGCCGGAGCUGUCCUUGAGCGACGGGCGACAACUGAUGCUUCUACAACUUUGGACGAUGCCCCAGCAAAGCCUACCGGGCUUAUGGGACGAAUGAAGAGCUUAAAGGGACGGAAGCCUCGGCCAGAGAUACCUAGCAACGGGCCCGGUGUGCCCGGAACGGCCGUUUAGUGGAGGACAGGUGCCGGGCGACUCCUUGACUCAAGUCGAAGUCCGAAGCGAUGGCAGUCAAGGCAGGACAGCCUUGUGGAGAAUAUGAAUGAGCACGCGAAUGAAAGUUCGUGGGCUAAUAGUCUGCCAACACGAGAUCAGGAAAAUGCGGCGCCAAGAGAGGCAGAGAGGUGUGCCGCGUACGCCUCAAGCACGGUACAAGAAUCUGAACCAUUGCUUUACGAUGCUGCAGAGGUCGAAGCAAAGAGACUUGGCCAGGCACACAAUUAUUCAAGAAAGCGGUAUGCAAAUGCGACGAGAUAAGGUCUAUUUGGUCUCUCCAGAUACCGAUGAAGUUUCUAUUUAUUAUCUUCUUUUUGUUGAGUUUGGGAUGGGGCGGGUAGCAUGGGUUAUAGGAAAUUAAGCCCACAGGUCGGGUCAUUUGCUCUGUUUUGGAGAUUUACAUCAAGCAGGUCUGACUUGGCAGGAACCUCAUGAGCUUGAGUCGUCUCCAGGUCGUCACGAUGCCAGAAAGGAAGUGGGACUACCGACCGAGACCUUGGAGGUUAUUAUGAAGCCUUUUUUGUAUGUUUUAUAUCAGGACUUGAUGUCUGAUCAUGGCAUCAAUAAAUUCAAAUGCGAUGUUAUCGUGUGUAAACAAUAACCUUGGCUCUGCCUUGAUUUGCUUUAGAGGUUGUUAACCAUUUCAAGAGACAAUAUCAUUCUCAACUUU